AUGAACCGACGCGGGCAUCUAUCCACCAAGGUCCCACAGGUCAAAAUUCGACCUGCCCCAGCUGGGUCAUCACGAAAGACGAGGGAGGCUUCACCUAUCAAUAAGAUCGAUGAGGAGAUCAUGAGGAGGGCUCUAGCAGAUGCUGAAGAUGAAGAGAGUUCGACGGCUGCGCUAAGAAGGAAUUCAAAACCUUGGAAAGGUGUCACGAUAACAUUCACAGGAGUAGAGAACAAACCCGCACUAGCAGCGUUAGCUAAAGAGCUUGGAGCAACGGUCGAGAAUGCUUUGACGAUACAUGUGACGCAUGUUGUAGCUGUAGGAUACGGAUCACCAAAGUAUCUUUAUGCGGUCGAACACAAUCUACCGGUAAUGACGCCCUCGUGGAUCGAAGAUGCUCAUUCGCAGUGGCUGAACGGGGACGAACUGGACAACGAGGCGGAUCAGGAGGAGCAUCGAUUAUUACCUUUUGUAGGAUUAAAAAUCGCCAUGUCAGGUAUAGAACCUUUGGAUCGUCGUAAACAGUUAAUCAAGUACAUCGAACAAUACGGCGGAAAAUACUCUAAAGAUCUAGAUCGGACAUGCACGCAUCUAAUAUCGGCCAAACCAACUAAUGAACCUCGUUCUUCCGAGAAAGUGAAAUGGGCUUUGAGGGAGAUAGCCGAAUUAGAAGCUAGGAAGAGGAAAGGUGUGAGGACAGACGAAGAAGAGAUGAAGAUUGUCUAUGAAGAGUGGAUAUGGGAUUGUGUGGCUUAUAAUGGGAGAUGGAAAGAGGAUUGGUAUGAUGCUAGAAAACCCAGAAGAGGUGGAAAGGUGGUAGCGGAGGAUGUGUUGAACGGUAGAGUGAGAUUACCGACGGAUAAGAAACCUUCUACAGAAGUAGUAUCGGGACCAGGAGCAGAUGCGGUGGACAACAACGAGCCAGCAGUGAUACGAAAGCGUAAACGGGAAUCGAUUAGCACGCUAGUCACUGAACUAGUGUCCACGACAGGUGUCAAGCCCAACAGAGAAACUUCCGUCACCAAAAGAUCUGUAUCGCCUCGCAAACAGAAAUUAGUCGAUGAAUCCAAGACUGAGCUUGAUCGCAAACCCUCUUUACUACAUGUAUCACGUUCCACAUCAUUCGCUACCACCCUCCCUGCUCCGACUUCCAAAAUCACCUCAAAUGCCGAGAAACCGCCUUCCUUGAUGCCCCCUACAUCUCAAGCUAUAAUGAAUCAGCAGGAUGAACCUGCAGGUGCGCCGAAACGGUUUUUCGAAGGUAUAAAAUUCAGUCAUGUGAUAAGAGAACAAUGUGAUGGGCUAGAAAAUGCCCUGAAGCAGCAUGGUGGUGUCUUGGUGACGGAUGAGAAAAGAAUAGAGGGUGAAAAGGUAGAUUAUAUUAUCGUCAGAUUAUGUUCGGAAAUACGGCCUCAGCUGAGCCAUAACGAUGAGGGAACGAUCGUAGUUACAGAAUGCUGGGUAGAGGGAUGCUGUUUUGAAGAGAGAUUGUUAUCGCCAGAUAAGCAUAUUGUUUUUAGACCGUUACCGGCUCCUAUGCCUAUCCCUGGCGCAUCAAAAUUGAAUGUCCAUCUUUCCGGAUUCUCAGCUGAGAAUACUGUGUACAUGAGGAGGUUGCUCAGAGCGAUAGGUGGAACACUGUCAGUCAAGCUGAAUCGCCAGACAUCCCAUUUGAUCACUGUCGCUACCACUGGGCAGAAGGUUGAUAAGGCCAGAGAAUGGGGAGUCAAAGUAAUGAAAGAAUCAUGGUUGAUAGCCAUGGGACGUUCGGGUCAGAUCGAGCCUGAAGAUCAGCACGAACUUGCAUCCAACGUUGCAGUAUCUAAAGCAUUGGAUAAAACCAGGACUAGCGAUCUGACUGCAAACCUAUCUACGAUGUCUGAUCUUCCAGAUAAUGGUGAUUUUGCACUACGACCUUCAUCAUCUGCCAAUCAGAAGCCCACAGCUACGACAACCUCACAAGGGGCUCUUGGACUAUCGCCAUCAAGAAUGCUCAAACCCUCCCCUACACAUAUCGAUGAUCCUUCGACAACUUCGACUUCGUCCAUAAUGAAUGGAAAUCGUGCGAGUACCGUUGAGAAUGUUCUAUCACCACCUAAACAAGAGACAGAAAGGAUACUGAAUCUUGCUCAACCGGAAUCAGAUACCUCAUUGGUGAAACUCGAAAAAGAGAAAGAGAAAGACAAGUUGUCGAGAUUCUCUUCUGCACCUGUACCGAAUGAGUCUAUACCUCUUGAACAAAUGGGGAAAUCUGAGAAUCAUCAUGCCGGCGCAGCGCUAGGUGAAAGAGCAGCUUCGAUGAGUAGUCUAGGAGGUAAAGCUGGGAAUAUGACUGAGGCGCUGAGGCAGUUAGCGGAGAGGGACUCGAAUGGUCAGGGAGGGAAGGGAAGAUUGGUCAGACGGGCUAGACCCAGUGCGAGGAUCAAGAAUACCCGUUCACCAUUGAAUAGCGUUUCACCGGCCGCAUCAAAAUUCUCCGCACCUCCCUCACCCCAAUCGCAAGGCGUGGAUAUAUCAUAUAUGGCAGCGGACGGUACGCCCGUAGAUAUCAGCACAGAUGGAGAUGGAGAUAUCAGUAUGAACAACGGGACGGUGGAAGAGAGCGUACAGGUCAAGUAUGUGGAUGCUAAUUCCGCGAGGGAACGGAAGAAGAUCAUGGCGCUUUUUGGAGGUGGGGAUGAAGAGGGGUCAGCUAAGAAGAGGAAGAGGUAG